GGGAUUAGGGUUUCAACUCCUCAUCGCCGUCCAAGCUGCUGCUCUCUGUUUUCCCAGCUGAUUGCUCGCUUGUUUCUUCUGAUCUUGCAAAAUGACAAAGAGGACGAAGAAGGCUGGUAUCGUUGGGAAGUAUGGUACCCGUUAUGGUGCUAGUCUGCGAAAGCAGAUCAAGAAAAUGGAGGUCAGCCAACAUAGCAAAUAUUUCUGUGAAUUUUGCGGCAAGUAUGCGGUGAAGAGAAAAGCCGUUGGGAUUUGGGGUUGCAAGGACUGUGGCAAAGUCAAAGCAGGCGGUGCCUAUACCUUGAAUACGGCAAGUGCUGUGACAGUGAGGAGCACAAUUCGUAGGCUGAGGGAGCAGACCGAGAGUUAAGUAUGCAUCUGUUUUGUUUUAGUCUCUGAUUCUUAGAAUGAUCAUCAUACUUUCAUGUCGAAGUCUUCCAUUUUUACUCGUUUUAAACCUUGAUGGAUUAUGUCAGAUUGUUCAUUUAUUGCAUCAGUGGGAAGGUAUCUGGAAACCAGUGGAUUUUUA